AUGGGUCCUUUUCCCAUUCUGAGGAGACCGUGGAGCAUUUCUCCACACCCCAAAGCGGCCCCGAAACUAGACAAUCUGCGUCGGGUCGCUUUCCAGACGGUUUCGUUAGUGCUCACUACCCUUCAUCGCGAUGGACUUCUGCCCCAAAUUCGGGUCGAGUGGGGAGCUUGCGCUGUGGCUGCCUCAACUCGGGCAGGCGUGACCCUGAUGAAAUCUGUCAGUAGAUUAGCUGCGUACGCAGAAGACUGCCUCGGCAUGCCUGCUCGCGCAGAACUGCCGCCCAGGCAAAGCUGCUUGCGCAGGAUUCCGCUCAAGCAGAGCCGCCCACGUGAAAACGAGCUCAAGCAAAGUCGCCUGCGCAGGAAUGCGCUUAAGCGCACAACCGCAUAG